AUGCAACAGGGUUCCCAUCAGCGUCGUGGUGCUUCUUUGGUGUCGUCUUCUGUGGCCUUAGUGCCUUCAUCUUCAUUGCCUUCUGUGCCUCAAGAGCCAGCUGUGCCUUCCUCUGCUGCCAAUGUGUCUUGUGCCAUUGUGCCUGUCGUCUGUGCCCAUGUGCCAGCUCGUGCCAUUGUGCCUUGUGCCAAUGUGCCUUCAAUGCCUUCUGUGCCACAACAGCCAGUUGUGCCCGCUUCCGCCAAUGUGCCUCAUUCUGCCAAUGUGCCUCGCGUCAUUGUGCCUGCUCCUCUUCCCGUUGUUGCUAUACCGGUUCCCGUUGCCACCACUACCGAUGCCGAUGUUGCUCACCUUUAUGAUGCAUUCAAGGCCCGAUCCUUGGUGGAUGCAUUUGGGAUACUAUUAGUGCCACUUUUCGAGACGUUGACAGUUGCCGAUGCCUAUGACGAGGACGUGUACAUGCGACCUCCCGUCGAUGUCCAUUACCAGGAGCCAUUGUGGCUUGCUGGCAUCAUCUUGAGUGAUUUCAUGGACGACACGGACGACAUGGAUGCUUCUUUCUCUCCUCUUCCUUCGCCACUCCUUACUCCUCUUCCUUUCGCUCCUGGUGUCCCUGUUGUUGCUUCACCUGAACCUGUUCCUAUGUAUCUUGAUUCCGCUUCCCUUGGUAUUCCUCUUUUGCCCGCACCUAUGCAUACCACUCCUAUCGCACGACUUACGCCCUCACCAAUCCUUGUUGCCACUCCUUUUGUUCAUCCUUUUCGUACUACUACUACGCCUAUGCCAUCCCCUGAAAACUUUAUGCAGCAACCUAUGCCACCGCCAUCACUAAAACGUCCUCAACCUUUCACCAUCGCCUCCGCCUCUUUAUCACCAUCAUCAUCACCAUCAUCACCACCAUGA